AUGGAACAAAUGCUCAUCGCGCGUGUGCGCCAUAAUGCUUGCGUCCUCAAAGUCCAAGCCUCUGGACAGUACAAGCUGAGAGCUAACGCUGUGAUGUUUGCCGUGCCAACGCCGAAGCUCUACCAGAAGCUGCCACCGAAGAGGGAAGAGUUCGAGGAACUGAUUGCUUUCAUCUUCAUCGGCCCGACUAAACCCACUGAGGAUAUGCACCGCCGUUUGCCGUCAUUUGUCCGCAGAAACAAAGUACGAGCGGCCUUGGAAUGGUUGAAGCUGAAUCAUUGUGAUUAUAGCGACUUGGACAUAUCCUACGAGAACCUCAAUGAAUAUCCAGAAGAAGGUCCGCCUGUGAUAGCAGAUUGGAGGCUGCCGUCUAGAGACAUCGAACUGGAGAACAAAGCUGUUUUCGAGAUGGAAGAUUGGACCUCCGUUGAAGAAGACUAUGAGCGGUUGAAACGCGUUGCCAAGGCGCACUUGUUGCAAGGCGGACACGCAAUAGCCGUUGGCCGAUCAGCGGAACCCGAAACGAUAUACAACAAUCCGCAGUUAUACCCUAAGUGUUUUCCAUGGCUUUUCCCAUACGGUCUAGGUGGCGUUGGUAACAAGAACGGGCACAGCGUGGUCGGCGACGUGAAACGAAAACGAGCCCUGUUACUGUAUCAUGACAAGCGCUUCCAGAGAGAUCCGGUCUUCGCCCUCGUUGCUCUGAACCAUGAACAGGUGAAGAGUAGUACAACUGGGAGCUUUGUCACCGCGAAGAAGGGAAACUUCUCAGAUAUUGCAGACCGUAUCCUGAAGACCGACGUAGGCGCCAUGGACGAUGUCAUCCGCAAACUUGAGGAAGGUGGUCAGUUCGAUUUAGCAAAUGCUUCCGAGAAGUCGUGCUUUAAUCUCAUCAACGACCUGGACUUUGUUGGUAGGUUCGUACAAGGUUCAAGAACAAACAAGCGGCACAUGCGAAACGAGAUAUGGUCUCUGAUUGCCGCACGCGGGGCGCCAUCGUGGUUCGUCACAUUUGCGCCCAUGGAUCAUAGACAUCCUUUAAGUGUGUACUACGCUGCAGAGGAUAAAACACUGUUUCCCCAGAUAUUGGACGAUAAACAUCGAGCCCAGUUGAUUGGCAAUAAUGCUACAGCAUGCGCCCGCUUCUUCAAGUUCAUGGUCGAGUCUUUCAUCAAGCACGUUCUACGUAUUGACGGUGAUUCCCCUGGCCUCUUUGGCGACACAGAAGGUUACUAUGGAACCGUUGAGGAGCAGGGUCGGUUGACGCUGCAUCUACAUACCAUGAUCUGGAUCAAGGGUGCUUUAACCCCGCAACAGAUAAGAGAUCGCUUGAUGAGCAAGGAUGGCGAUUUCCAGAGAAGCCUGGUCGAUUAUCUGGAAGGGGCCCAUCGUGGAAGCUACCUUACCGGUGUCAAUGCUGAGAUGGAGGACCGCUGGAUGCACGCAAAGCAUAAUCGUGCCAAACGCGAUGAUCCCACAAUCAACGUCCCGAAGAAACCACCACGAGAGUGCGCGGAGCACGUCGAACCUAGUCUCUAUCCGGACUGUGUAGCCUGCAGGAGGCUCAAUGUAUGGAACUCGCAUUUCGCGCAUACGGUUGACGAAGUUGUACACCGAUACAACCUUCAUAAUUGCGCCCGAGGGCACUGUCGUAACCCACGCUAUCCCGAGUGCAAGGCAAGAUUUCCUCGUGAGAUAUCAUCGGAGACGACGGUGGAUCAAGAGUCAGGGUGGUUGAAGAUGAAGCACGGUGAGCCAAUGGUCAAUACUUAUAAUGAAGUACUGACCUACAUGAUGAUGAGUAACACUGACGUUACUAGCCUUCUCUCAGGUACCGCACUCAAGGCCGUCAUCGCAUAUACGACAGACUACAUCACAAAACCCGGCUUGCGAACUCAUACCAUGAUGGAGAUAAUCAAGAGUGUGUUCACUCGAAACAGCGAGUAUCUCCAAGGCACUACGUCACGGGCAGAGAAAGCUCGCAAGUUGAUGGUGCAGAUUGUGAAUGCGUUAACCGUGAAACAGGAAAUAGGUAGCCCCAUGGCCUGCGCAUACCUCCUGGGUCACCCAGAUCACUAUACCAACUACAAGUUCCGUCCCUUCUACUGGAGAAUGUUUGUCGGGGAAGUCAAGCGUGUGUGGGGUAUGAUAUCUGAAGACGAUAGAAGGGAGGAGCCCGUGGUUGUACUCGCCAGGGGAAAGGACAGCGUAGUUGCGCUUUCCCCUAUCAUUGAUUAUAAUCUUCGCGGAGAAAAACUGAAAGAUAUGUCCCUUUAUGAUUGGAUGCGAAGCACGGUGAAGGAGAAGAUUCCCAAGCGGAAGAAGAAAGCGAAUUCUCUUGAGAGGGACUCCUCACCUGCGGACGAUAGAGAGUUGCGGGAUCCGCAAAAUGCUGAUACCCUGACGCAAGGUAUGAGGGGUAGUCGGCGGGCUAGAGGCAAAGUCAAUAAUCGAACUGGGUCUAGCAGCGCUCUAGAAGCAACAGUCACAAACUCUGGGAACCAUGACCCGUUGUCUCAACAAACACUCGUCGAUGAUGAGAAUGCGGACGAGGAUGGGUAUCAGACCGAUAGUACAUUGAUAGCUGAUGAUGAUCUAGAUGAGGAUUAUGAGGUAGAAGACAGCGAUGAUGAACGCGAUGAAGAGCGCGACCAGGUCCGUCGCUCGCGAAGCAAGAACAGUGUUCUCUUUACCAAGGACCAUCCUCAAAGAGACUCCUACCGGAUCCGGGUGUUGGACGAAGAUGCAUGCAGCAUCCCGAACUUUGUCGGAGGCACUCUGCCGCGAAGGGACAAAGGAGACGUUGAAUGGUACGCCAUGACUAUGUUGACUAUGUUCAAGCCGUGGAGAGACCCUAAGGAACUGAAGUCUGCCGAACAAACCUGGCAAGAAGCAUUCGAGGCCUUCGAGUUCACGGCCCGCCAACGGGAAAUUAUGGGAUUCUUUCAUAUUCGCUAUGAAUGUAACGAUGCGAGGGACGAUUUCAGAGCGCAGCGUGUGAGCCAAGCGAAGAACGACGGGUUGCAUUGGUUAGGAGGUCGCUUUGUGCAUGAACUGGACAAGGAAGCCCAUGCUGAACAUGGUCUUGCUUUGGCGGAGUCUAGUUUGAGCAGUAUAGACGAUGCGUUCGAACCAGAUCAUCUGGGCAACCGUGCUGCCGCGAAUUCUCUUCUUCUUGCGCGAACCAGGAUUGCAUUAGAUGCAAUUGGGUGGUCAGAUGUCUUGUCCAGACAAAAGAGCGGCGAUGAGCCCAUUAUGGAGACGGGUGAAGAGGAGGGACCAAGUUGUCACAGGAAAGACGAAGCAAUAGACGUAGAUAGUCGAACACUGAAGGGUUGGCAAGAGUUGUUGGCCACGAAGAGAGCUGCUGUCCUCGCAGAGAAACAGGCUGCCGCAGAGGCCGCAAGCAACGGGCUGUCUACAGCUGCAGACAAAUCGGGAGACAGCUUCUGGAAGGACCAAGUACGGAUUGUCGACCACCGGUAUAUGACUAGCGAUUACCGAUCGGAGGAAGGUGAUAUCCAAGCUGCCAUGGACAAGAUCGUGAAAGACUUCAGCCUGAAUAGCGAACAGGAACGUGCCUUCAGAAUCAUCGCCAAUCACGCAUCCCUGGGAACACUCGUAGAUCCGCUCAAGAUGUAUAUUGGUGGUAUGGCUGGGACGGGAAAGUCGCAAGUCAUCAAAGCUCUCAUAGCUUUCUUCGAAGCCAGGGGGAAGAAGUACGCUUUUCUAAUCCUGGCCCCGACGGGUUCAGCCGCCGCGCUUGUCUCCGGAUCAACGUAUCACUCAGUACUAGGGUUUAGGGGCAGUAAUAGCCUCGAUCACGAGUCUGGUGAGAGAUCCGAAGGUCUCUUGAAGGGCGCCAGCACCCUAGAGAGUAUUCGACAGCGUAUCAAACACGUGGACUAUGUCUUCUUUGACGAAGUCUCCAUGAUGGACUGUGGAAGUUUGUACAACAUCAGCUCGCAGAUGAAUCUGGCCAUGAGGAUCGACGACGACGCCUUUGCUGGCAAAAGUAUCAUAUUUGCUGGAGACUUUGCGCAGCUACCGCCGUUACAUACAUCGGGACCUACGCUGUAUUCGAGCCUUGUCAGCAGCGUCAUUCAUACCACCAACUCCGCCACAACACAGAAGAGAAGCAUCGGAAAGGCACUCUGGCAUCAAGUGACAGUGGUGGUCAUGCUCAAAGAGAACAUGAGGCAACGGAACGCAAGUGAGGAGGAUAUCAAAUUCCGGAAGCUCCUGGUUAAUCUACGCAUGAACCGCUGUGAUCGCGAAGAUAUCGAGCUCAUGCACUCACGGGUUGCAAGGCCCAAUCAUCCGGAUAUCGAUCUCAACCACCCGGACUUUGUCCACGCGUCUAUGAUCACCUGCAGAAACGUGAACAGGGAUCUAUUGAACGAGAUAGGAUCGUACAAGUUCGCACAUGCCACUAAUCAAGAACUCACAACUUUCUACGCCGUCGACGCAUUCUCCAAUAGCCGCGCUAAGAAAGAUAAGUCAACCCUCGAGCACAAUCCUAAAAGAGCAGGUGUGUUGAUUCCUGACGAACAAGCGAACAAGAUACUUCAAAUCCUACCAGGAAAUACAAGUCAUAUCCCAGGAAAAUUGUCGCUGUGCAAGAACAUGCCAGUCAUCUUGAAGAAGAACGAUGCGACGGAGUUGAACGUGACCAACGGAGCCGAAGGGACGGUAUACACCUGGAAGUCGCGCCGCGUCAAUGACAAGAACGUUCUCGAUGUUCUGUUCGUGAAACUUACCAAUCCGCCGACCGAGGUGAAACUUGACGGGCUGCCAACCAAUGUUGUACCUGUCUGCAGGCAAAAGGCGCCAGUUACUGUCAAAUUUCCCGAUGAUACAGUGCUCUCAAUUACCAGAGAUCAGGUGCCGGUUCUCCCGAAUUUUGCAAUGACCGACUACGCGUCUCAAGGGCGUACUAGACCCAUCAACAUAGUCGAUCUUGAGGACUGUAGGACUCACCAGUCGGUGUACACAUGUCUGUCCCGAGCAUCCACAAUCAAAGGUACUGUGAUUUUCCGCAUGUGUAGCUUGUCGAAGGUGACUGGUGGCCUAUCAGGGUACCUAAGACAGGAAUUCCGUGAGCUGGAGCUCCUAAGUGAGAUUACACGGCUCAGGUGGGAGGGUACCUUGAAGCCUGGAGUUGGAGGCAAUACGCGGUCCACUUUGUUGAGGUCAUAUCUGCGAAUCUACGGUCAGCGCUCUUGCCCGGACCACGUUCAUAGUGAGCUGAAAUGGAGUAAUGCGACCCCGAUUGUCAUAGACUACGAUGAUGACGACAAUUUUGUCUGGAAAACCGUCGGCGCGGCGCAGUCAGUACCUAACGAAGCAGGAAGCGCCACUGAAGAUGCGGCGAAAAAGAACGAUUCCCGAAAGAGAAAGCGAGCCGAUCCUGUGAUCCGGAACAAAAUGGACAUUGUUGAACCUGCUGCAAAGAAGAAGAGGACAUCUGCGCCGGAACCUUUUCGCGGGAUGGCAUGGGAUUCCUCGACGCAGAGUUGCGCUUACGACUCAGCUCUGACAAUCUUCUUGAACAUCUAUAACUUGAAUGUACGCAAGUGGCAAGACGUGGUACAUGUCAAUGAGAUUUUCACUGAAGUCGUCAAUUACUGGAGAAAUGAUCUUGUCGCGGGGACGUUAAACCAGGCCGAGUUGGCGAGGGAGAGUUUGCAGACACGCUUGAAUCUCAUCAGCCCAGACUGCUUUCCCAAUGAUGGUAGACCAACUGACCUGACAGCACUACUGCAAAGGCUCUUGGAGCACCCAGGUGGAAAUAUGAUGACACAGGUCACGAAAUGCGGACGCUGUCAACGAGAAGGGACUGAUAUAAUCGAGACUCCAGUGUGGAUGAUUCCCGCUAAAGCGAAGUCCCAGACGCUGGCGGCCGAGAUCAAGCAGCGGUUCAGUAGAGCAUCCAAUAGAGGCUGUGAGGCGUGUACGCACACGUCUGUGAGUGAGCGCGUCCUCCUGAACCCAGACAAUCCGCCCCCGUUCCUCGCAUUACUGUUGGAAGACGGAUUAGAACAUGGACGAGGAGUGGCGGAACCGAAACUACAAAACCAGACGACAGUGACCACCGAGGACGGAAAGAAGGUGGUGUACAAAACAAGAGGGCUCAUCUAUUCCGGAAACAAUCACUUCUGCGUGAGGCUCAUUGGUAGGAACGGAGCAGUCUACUAUAACGACGGGGCUACGACCGCUGAGAGGUGUAUCCCUGAAGGAAAGCUUACGGAGUUGGACGAUCCCUAUGUGAUGAAGGGUCGACGCUUGAGGUUCAUCAUAUUAAGCAUCGUGUAG